AUGCCUGUGUGGGAAGAAAUCAGUAUGUGCACUCAGAUAAUCAGAGGCUUAAGACUGCCGGCUCAUAAUUUAGGUCUGCCUUUUUAUGGUCUCAGACAGUCCUAUCAUUGUACAAGAAGCCUUCUGUUGCCCAGAGACACUGGUCCAAAACCAGUCGUUAGAUUGCGACGGAGUCCCCUCAACAGUAAGCUUGACAGAAUUGCUGGGUCUACAGAAUGGCAUGAAGAACCUGAUGAUUCUCAGGGCCAAUUUAGGUUUUCUACUGGAAGGAAUGAGCAAAAGAACCAUGUUCCAGAACGUUCUGAGAGGAGAACUGGAACAAAGAGCAGGAUCUCAUCAGAGCUUCAGAAACUUUGUUUUGAGGACUUUUCAAGAGAAAACCACAGGAUUCAUGGAAAUAUUAGAGAAGAAAAGACAUUUCCAAGCGCUGGCAAAGGAAACCAGUUUGACAAACGGUUUGAAUUUGUGUUUGGAGUGGCUCCCUGUUUGCUUGCGCUUAGCCAAGGGAAGAGGAAGAUUAAUCGACUGUUUGUGAAGCACACAGAAAGACAGCAGAGGGAGGCUGUUCAGACAGUUAGCGCGCUAGCGCUCGAGCGUGGGAUUCAAAUCCAACGGGUCAACAAAAAGGAAUUAGACAGGAUGACUCGUGGAGGGGUACACCAAGGCUUGUGCCUUCAAGCAAGUCCUCUCACCUACCUAACGGACAACCUGACUGCUAAACUUAAGACGGACAGAAAUAACAGUCCACUCUGGUUGGUCCUUGAUAGUAUACAGGACCCCAUGAAUCUUGGUGCCAUUUUGCGCUCUGCUUAUUUUCUCGGAGUUGACCGAGUUGUGAGUAGUCUAAGAAACAGCUGUCCUCUCACCCCAGUGGUGAGCAAGGCCAGUUCAGGUGUCAUGGAGAUAAUGGGAGUUUAUGGCCAAAACAGUCUAGAGGAUAUGGUUAAGGUGAAGGCACAAGAAGGGUGGCACAUCGUUGGCACAGUGGGGUUUGAAGCAGAGGAUUCUGCAGCUCCAACUUUGCCUUGUCAUGAGUUUCGUAUGACCAAGCCAACAUUGCUAUUGAUGGGAGGUGAGGGGGUGGGUCUGUCUCCUGAGCUACGUCAGACGUGUGAUGUCCUGCUCACCAUCCCACCCAGGAGAGACCUCCACCCAGCCGUGGAAUCCCUUAAUGUCUCUGUAGCUACAGGUAUCCUUCUGCACUCUUUGCUGUCAUCUCGCAGAUGUGGCCAAUGA